AUGGCAGACCCAGAAGGACCCGUCACUGUCGGUGAUUUACCUAUUACUUUUCAAGUCAAAUAUUUGGGUCAAAGCGACGCACGAGGACUAUGGGGCAUCAAGCACACCAGGAAACCAGUGGACCUUAUGGUUGCAGCAGCUAAGGCAUUACCACCAGGUGAAAUGUUACCAAUCGUGAAGUUGAUGAUCACUGUCGAAGGGGUCCAUCUGGAGACCCUCAACCAUGGCACAAAACGGGAUGAAUUCGAACAUAUGACAGUAUUUUUUAACAUAGAAUCAAUAUCAUACGGCGUCCAAGACCUGGUCUACACCCGUGUCUUCUCGAUGAUAAUAGUCAAGGACAAUGCUGACGUUAAAGGGCUGAACCCAUUUGAGUGCCACGCCUUCGUCUGCGAAUCCAGGAAUGCUGCUCGUCGUUUGACAUAUUCACUUGCUGCUGCUUUCCAGGAUUACUCCAGACGGGUUAAAGAGAUGCAGACUACACCAGAACUGGAUGAGAGGCCGCCGAGUCAGAAACCGCAGAAGCGUUUUGCAAUCGACCUUAGGACACCAGAAGAAAUUGAGGCAGAUUUGGAAACAGAGGCUUAA